AUGGAUGACAAAAAAGAAACUACUCAUGUCGAGGUUGCCCAUAGCCGCACUGCACACAUCGUGCCCAUCGACCAAGAAGCAAACGAAAACGUCAACCAUGUCAACCUCUCUUGGCGAUCAUGGGUGGUUGUUUUUUGCUGUUGCUUUGCGGUCAUGUCUCAGGUCUUUGUCGUCGUAGCUGCGGGUUCCGUCCUGUCCUUUAUCAUUCGCGAGCUGGGUGAACCUGCAAUUGCUAGCUGGAUCAUUCAGGGCCCGCUGCUCAUGCAAUCAGUCCUUUCGCCCCCAGUCGGUCGUCUUUCAGACGUCCUUGAUCGCAAGCUAUUUGCCACUAUACCACCUCUGAUAGCAUGCGUUGGCGCCAUCAUUUGUGCUAAAGCCACCAGCAUGUCCAUGCUAAUUGGCGGCGGUAUCCUCAUCGGCACAACGCUUGCCACAAUUUCCAUCGUCCAAUCCAUUCCCUCUGAAAUUCUUCCUUUGAAAUAUCGCGCUUUGGCAAAUGGACUUGCUGGUGUUGCUGGCGUAAUGGGCGGCACUGUUGGCAGUUUAGCAGCAGGAGCCGUCACAAAUCUUAGUGCUUCAGGCUGGCGCUACAUCUUCUGGAUCCAAGUCGCACUCCACGGCGUCACGUCACUAGGUCUUUUCACAUUCUAUUGGCCCAAGAAACGAACAGACUACCCACGAAUGCGCUUCAAGGAAUGGGCAUGGGCUUGUGAUCCUAUCGGGUCCUUUUUGCUGGUUGCCGCUGCCACUCUGAUGCUCCUUGCUCUCAACUGGGCAGGUGGUGCAUAUCGAUGGAGCAAUCCACAUGUAUGUGCAAACUUGACAUGCGGAAUCGUUCUCUUCAUAGCCUUUUGUCUUUACGAAUGGAAAGGAAGAUCAGACGGCAUUGUCGCCCACGUCUUCUUCUCUACGGGCCCCAACUUCUGGCUCUCAACCUUCGCCUUCACAAUUGAAGGCUGGAUCUACUACUCCGCCAUCAACGCCGUAACCCCACAAGUCAUCCUCAACCUCAGUUUUGAAGACGACUCCUGGAACAUCGCAAUCCGGCAACUAUCCUAUAAAAUUGCUUCGAUCUUCACUUCCCUGGUAGUAACAUGGUGGGCUACAAAAUUCAAAGACCUAAAAACACCCUUAGCAGCCACCUUCACAAUAAUGCUCGUAGCAUCCAUCUGCUUCGCAUUCAUAAAACCCACAUGGGGCACCCUCCAAAUCGUCUUCACAGCCCUCACCGGCAUCGGCUGCGCAGGCCCCUUGACCCUCCUCGUCGCAUGCAUCCAGUACACGGCGCCCCACGCCUUCCUCUCCACAGCAACCGGUCUUGCCUUCUCUGCCCGCGCCAUCGGCGGCUCUUUCGGCACCGCUGUCAUCUACGCCAUCGUGAAUUCACACGUAGCUUCGCAUCUCGCCCGCGACGUUGGGUCUGCGGCUACCAACGCUGGAUUACCGGCUUCUUCCGUACCUGCGCUUCUGGCUGCUAUGAAGGGUAAAUCUGCGUCGUCGUUUAAGGUGGGGGCUGUGCCUAGUGCUAAUGAAGCGAUUAUUAAGGCGGCGUGGAAUGCGAGUUAUUGGUCUUAUGCGCGGGCUUAUAGGCUGGCGUUUUGGAGUAUAGUGCCUUUUGUAGCGUUGGCGACGGUUGCGGUGGUUGCGAUGAAGGGGGUUAAGCAUCUUAUGACAGAAAGGGUGGAGGCGACUAUUGAGGUUGAGAGGGAGGAGGGGAAGGAUGGGAAAGUGGUGUAA